AAGGGAAUCCUGACAGUAAUUCUUAAAAUUUUAUUCGGGCACCUAACGGCGGAAAAAAUACCAUCUAAGUAAAAUGGCCUUUUGGGCAACAGUGGCCAGUCGCGAGGUAGCAUCACCCCGAGUAAUGCCCGCAUUGACUCCCAGUCAAAAGCAGUUUCUUCACGACGAACUGAGAUAUCGGGAAAAAUUAAAUUUUCUCGCCGACAAUGAUGACGUCAAUCUCUCCGACUAUUAUGUGCCCAAGGAGGAGACCGUCGACGAUCCGGAGCUGUUGGAUAAACAUGAUUCCUUCUAUCACACCACGAAGAGUCUUUUGGUGUUGUUUCAAAUCAUGGGUGUUAUGCCGAUACAUCGGAACCCACCCAAGCCGAAUUUGCCACGCACCGGCUAUUCAUGGACUUCGAAACAGGUGUUGUGGGCCAUGUUUGUCUAUGUCAUUCAGACAACGGUGGUCAUCUUUGUCCUGCAGGAGAGGGUGAAUAAAUUCGUUACCAAUUCAGAGACCCGCUUCGAUGAGGCCAUCUACAAUGUCAUUUUCAUUAGUUUGUUAUUUACGAAUUUCCUCCUUCCGGUGGCCAGUUGGCGGCAUGGACCACAGGUUGCGAUUUUCAAAAAUAUGUGGACCAAUUAUCAGUUGAAAUUUCUGAAAGUCACCGGAACGCCAAUAGUUUUUCCCAAUCUAUAUCCCCUGACCUGGGGUCUGUGCAUCUUCUCCUGGACCCUAAGUAUUUUGAUAAAUUUGUCGCAGUAUUUCCUGCAGCCAGAUUUUGAAUUUUGGUAUACCUUUGCCUAUUAUCCGUUGAUUGCAAUGCUGAAUUGUUUUUGUAGUUUGUGGUACAUAAACUGCAAUGCCUUUGGCACCGCCAGUCGUGCCCUCUCCGAGUCCCUGCAGAAAACCCUAAGAAGUGAAAAACCGGCCCAAAAACUCACCGAAUAUCGUUAUCUAUGGGUGGACUUGAGUCACAUGAUGCAGCAAUUGGGUCGUGCCUAUUCCAACAUGUAUGGCAUGUAUUGCCUGGUAGUGUUCUUCACCACCAUCAUUGCCACCUACGGGUCGUUGAGUGAAAUUAUCGACCAUGGUGCCACCUACAAAGAGGUGGGCCUCUUUGUCAUUGUUUUCUAUUGCAUGAGUCUGCUGUACAUUAUCUGCAAUGAGGCCCAUUAUGCCUCCCAGAGAGUGGGCUUGGAUUUUCAGACUCAACUACUGAAUGUAAAUCUAACGGCUGUGGAUUCGGCCACCCAAAAAGAGGUGGAAAUGUUUUUGGUGGCCAUAUCGAAAAAUCCGCCCAUCAUGAAUUUGGAUGGCUAUGCCAAUAUCAAUAGGGAGCUGAUAACGUCGAAUGUAUCCUUUAUGGCAACAUAUCUAGUGGUGCUGCUGCAAUUCAAAAUUACUGAACAAAGGGGCCUGCGCUCUCAGCAGGCCAUUGCCAUGGAUCCUUGAAGAUGAAUGGCCAUUAUUUUUUAUUUUUAUUAUUUUCCGCAAUAAUAGACAAGAUACAAAUAUAAGCAAAAAAUAUAAA